AUGCCUACUGAAAAGCUAUCUAAAAGGAAGCUCAAGAAAGUCAGAGGCAAAAAUGAGCCAAAAAAACCAACUACUGAAUACUUCAUGUUUUUAAAAGAUGAACGUAAACACUUAGAGCCUGGGCUAUCAGUAAAGGACCAAACCCUUAUAUUAAGCCGAAGAUGGGCUGAACUGGACCAAGAUAAGAAACAAAGAUACUCAGCCAUGUACAAGUCUGAACUAGAGAAGUACAAGCAAGAGAUAGCCGAGUACAAGAAGACCGACGAGUACAAGGAAGUAAUGGAGCAGAACGAACAGCUCAAACGCAAUAUGAAGCAAGAGACCAAAGGCAAAGUCACCCGUAAGCCCUCAGGCUACAAUCUCUUUGUCAGGGAAGAGAGGGCUAAGAUGAGUAAGGGUAAGGAAGAUGGCAGUGCAAGUGAGCCCAUGAGUUUCAAGGAGAUAUCUCAGAUUAUCUCUAAGAAGUGGCACAACUUAUCAGAGGAGGAGAAGGAAGUCUUUAAGACGAAAGCUCGAGAGGCCAGUGAUGAGAAUUGGGAGGCAGCAGAGAACUUUGAGUAG